CCACUAGCUCUCGCUCAAGGUGCAUUCUCAUUGGAGUUGUUCCACAGCGUGCUGAAUCAGUUUGCUCCAAAGUCCAAUGCCUUCUUAGCAGACCGAAUGCAAGAGAGGACGUGGCUCGCUGUGCUCCACUUCAAUGAGAAUGCUACACAGCACCAAGCACUCACUCAGGAUGGAGAGCAGCAUUGGAAAAUUAAAUCCUCCAAGGCGAGGCGAGGCCACUGCACUGUGACCACAGUGAAAGAGGAUCCAAGCUACGGCUACAUUGAUGACCUGAUGCAAGAUGUCCUGGAGCGCUGCGAAAAUUUAUUGUAUAAGGAGAACUUUUUGAGCUGUGAGCAGUCUCCACCAUGCCACAUGUCGCACGGUUUUGAAAGACCUUCAAAGCAGGAGCUCAUCGAACAAAGGCGCACCCGCUUCCCCACGGCAUCAAUACAAAGCAAUGGCUCCUAG